AUGGUGCUUGUGAUUGUUUACAUGGGGUUGUUUGUGCAUGGGUCAAGUGUAGGAGUGAACUGGGGCACAAUGAGUAGCCACAAGUUGCCACCAAACAAUGUAGUUGAAAUGAUGUUAAGAAACGGCAUCAACAAAGUGAAGUUGUUUGAGGCUGAUCACAAGGUUCUUGAGGCCUUUAUCGGGACGAAUAUCGAAGUUGUGUUAGGAAUUCCGAAUGGCAUGUUGAUGGAGAUGAGUCAGGACCCUGGAAAUGCUGUUUCUUGGGUGGAGUCUAAUGUUGCUGCUUAUGUCUACAGAGGUGGAGUAAGUUUCAAGUAUGUUGCUGUUGGGAAUGACCCUUUGCUUAGAAGUUAUAAUGGCACAUAUCUGCCGUAUAUUUUACCAGCCCUCAAGAAUGUGCAGGGAGCUCUCAACAAUGUCGGAAUUGGAUCACAGAUUAAAGCCACAAUUCCUUCUAGUGCUGACAUUUACUAUGCUCCAGCUUCGAAUCCUGUUCCUUCUGCUGGAGAUUUUCGACCAGACAUCCGUGAGCUUAUGAUUGACAUCAUCCGCCAUCUCCACUCUAGUAAUGCCCCUUUUACUGUCAAUAUUUACCCGUUUUUAAGCCUUUAUGACGAUGAUCAUUUCCCAAUAGACAAGGCCUUUUUUGAUGGAUCUCCUAAGCUGGUUAUCAGAGAUGGUGCCAAUGUGUACACUAAUGUGUUUGAUGCAAAUUUUGACACUCUUGUUUGGUCUUUGACGAAAGCUGGAUAUCCCGACAUGAAGAUCAUAGUGGGAGAAAUCGGAUGGCCAACUGACGGAAAUAAAAAUGCUAACAAAAAAAACGCUAGAAGAUUCAAUCAAGGACUGAUUCAGCAUGCUCUGAGUGGUAAAGGAACUCCUGCACGAAAAGGAGUACUAAUCGACGUUUAUCUUUUCAGCCUCAUCGACGAAAACAUUAAAAGCAUUGAUCCAGGUUACUUCGAGAGGCACUGGGGCAUAUUCCAGUUUGAUGGCAAGCCUAAAUACAAAUUGGACUUGUCAGGCUGGAACGACAACAACAGCUUCACUGCAGUGAAAGGCGUCCGAUACAUGGACAAGAGAUGGUGUGUUCUGAGCCCACAUUUGAAGAAACCGAAAAACUUAGGAACCAGUAUGGAUUAUGCUUGUAGCCAUUCUGAUUGCAGUGCAUUGAGUUAUGGUUCUUCUUGCAAUCACUUAAGUGUCAAAGAAAAUGCUUCUUAUGCUUUCAACAUGUAUUACCAGUUUCAGAACCAGUACAUUACAGCAUGCAACUUCUCAGGCCUGGCUACGCUGACAGACGAGGAUCCGUCAGACGACAAGUGUCGAUUUCCAGUUAUGAUUGUCGAAGAUUCUUCGAUUUUAAGGACAGUUUUCUACAUUUUGUUUGCUGUGCUUCAGGGGUUCUGCUUGAUUUUUCUCAUUUAUGGUUAG